AUGGUCGAAAUCAAGGAACUCCCAGACGAACCCCCAGCGGCACCCAAAGAAGCGGCCGAGAAGCCGACAACCAAGCCGACCGUUAUUCAUACAACAGGAGAGAAGAUCCGGGUAUUCCGAAGGCCUUAUGCUCAUCAUCUCUUCAACCAAAAAGUCGACAGCUACUGCUCAGAAUGCCUCAAGGAACCCGAACUUCAAGGAAAACUGUUCCAAUGUUCUGGAUGCAAUUUCGUCAAAUAUUGCAGUAAGGAGUGCCAGAAGAUGGGAUGGACGCUUCAUAAAAGCGAGUGUAAGAGACUUCAGAAAGUCUUCCCGAACCUUCCAUUGAGUGAUGUCUUAUUCUUGAGUAAAGUUAUCGACCGUAAGGACCAUAUUGAGAAACAUGGUGACAAAUAUGGAUACGAAAUCGCAAGACCGAUAAGCAAGUAAGCAGUUUUAAUUUAUGGAGACUACGUUCCACAAACCGAUUUAAAUUUUAAGGCUUGUUGGACAUGAGAAUGAAGUCCGCAAGGACACCCAGCGCAUGGAAAAGUUCGCAAAGAUCUUCCAGAAGAUCCAAAUCUUCCGCGAUGAACAUAUAAAUGGAGACCAAUUCUUCGAUCUCUACUGCAAAGCCAUGGUUAACUCUCUGACGGUACAAUCCAUCAAAGGAACCGAGGUUGGAAUUCUAUUGGAUCUCGGGGUUUCAGUGUAUAACCACUCAUGUCGACCAAACUGCUCCAUAUUCUUUGAUGGAUAUUAUAUUUUGGUCCGACCACUUACAUCUGAUGUGGAUACCAAUGACACUACAAAAGCGACGAUUAGUUACACUGAUGUGGGACGGUCUAGAUACCAAAGGAGGAAAGAGCUCAAAGCAAAAUGGUACUUCGACUGUCACUGUGAACGUUGCGAAGACCCAUCUGAUGACAUACUCACUGCCAUUAGAUGCAAGAACAUUCUUUGUGACGCUCCAAUUCUUAUCAGCGAAGACAUGGAACCUCGAGCAGUAGAGUGUGAGAAAUGCCAUACUGUGGCUGACGUAGAAUAUGUAAUCAGAGGACAGCAAACCAUGCUUGAGCUACCUGUCCGAUAUUCUACUAACGACAAGGUCGAUGACCUUAAGGGAUAUCUCGAGAGAGCCCGACCAAUCUUACACGAGAAGAAUGUCUAUCUGAACAGAUUGGAAGCAGCCCUCAUGCAAAUCAGUGGGAAGCUUGGAGUAAGUUCUACGACCAAAUUUAUUUAUUCUGUUUAGGAUAACAUUGCUUCACUCUACUCAAAAGUUCAACAGACGUUCUCUGCGUGCUUCCCUGCUACCGAAAAGGGAAAGGUGCAGGAAUUGAUAGAAAAAUGUGCGGAGCUGAUCAAGAAAGGUCACAGAAAAGAAGCGCUACCUUAUGCAUUCGAUGCAAUGUGCAUUUUGGAAGCACAAGCAGGAUUGGGACACCCAAACUACCUCAAAGUUCUUGCUUUAUGGACCUUUUUGGAUAAGAACCCAGACAAAACUGAUAAGGAAUUACUCGAGCUAACCCAAUUGGACGACAAUGACAAAGUUAAGCCCAUUGAUAUCACUCAUCUGCUCAAUGAAGGCGUCGCCUGA